CUCUGAUCUGCUCAGCAGACUUCAACUUUCUCCUCGAUCUUUGUGGUUUUGUGGCGUGAACAAUCACUGCAGCAUGAAUCCGCCUUGUGGAAGAUGCAACAAACCAGUUUACCCCACGGAAAAAAUAAAUUGCCUCGAUAAGAUCCCCUUCUCUUUCUGCACACAGUACUGGCACAAAGGUUGUUUCAGCUGUGAGGUUUGCAAGAUGGCCCUCAGCAUGAACAACUACAAAGGCUUUGAGAAGAAACCGUACUGCACUAUGCAUUACCCAAAAAGCUCGUUCACGAUCGUGACUGACACCCCUGAGAAUCUGCGUCUCAAACAGCAGAGCCUGCUCAACAGUCAGGCACUUUACAAGGAGGAGUUUGAAAAGAGCAAAGGGAAAGGCUUCAGCGUGGUGGCCGACACUCCAGAAAUGCAAAGACUGAAGAAGACACAAGACCAGAUCAGUAAUGUUAAAUACCACGAAGAGUUUGAGAAGAGCAAGAUUCGAAGUGAUGCCCCUCCUCCUGAAAACAGACAAGCAGACGAACAACCGUCCAACCCUGAAAGAUUCAUGAAGCAGCCGGUUGCACCCACACAUCCUGCUGCUGCAGCGCCACCUGGUGGAGGGAAACGCUACCAGGCCUUGUACAGCUACAGGGCAGCAGAAGCUGAUGAAGUUAACCUGCAGGAGGGUGACGUGAUCUUAGAUGUACAACCGAUAGACGAGGGAUGGAUGUACGGCUGCAAUCAGCGCACAGGGCAGCGUGGGAUGCUUCCCGCCAACUACGUCCGGCCCAUCUGAAGCAAACAAGCCUGUCCAACAGACAUUUGUCAGUCAUAAGCUGCCCGGCAGUGGAUGCAACCAACCCACAGUCGGACUUAUUAAAUACUUUUCUCAAAAUCACCUCCUGCAAACAAAAGUUAUUUCUAGUUUAAAGCCCAACAAAGAUUUGCUUACAAUGGGAAUUAAAGGGGUCAUACUGUGAAAAAUGCUUAAACAUGAGCAUGUUCUACACAUUAUGGUAAAGUGGAAACUUAUAGAAGUGGGUUCAGAUCAUAUUGUGCCAGAAUUCCAUAAGUGCAUCAUGAUUCCCAAAGUUUAAAUUUCGAGACUGUUUCAGAAGAUUUUUGUGGUCUCAAAACUGAUUUUGGAAGCAAAUUUCCCGAAGGGUGUUGCACACUUCUGAGCUCUACACUGAUGUCGAGGCUGUUUGGAAACCUUAAAUGACUUUCCCUUAAAUGGUUGAGGAUGGAUGAGGAUCAGGGUUGAAAUGCAUGAAAAAUACAUAAAUCAGAUCCAUCCAACGGCUUUGUGUACUUCUGGUUGUCUUGUCCAGCAGCAGACUUCUGAUGUAGUCCAAUUCCAUAAUUGUCUACAUUCUCAAUCUACACAGAACUUGUGCAUUUAAAAAAUAGCACAGAUUUUGCUACCACGCUAUCUACGUAUUUUAAUAAUAUAAAACUGAUAUAGGAAAAAAUUGGGCCUAAAACAACUUUUUAAACAUGUCUCAUAUGUCACUGAAGUCCAUAUCUGGACUCCUGCGUGCUCUGUGAGACACAAUUUAAGGCGUGGCAAGCAGAAGUUCCUUUUCACUUAAGGGACAGACACAUUAAUUUUAAGCAACCUGUUGACUGACAUUAGCUCAGUGAAAAUGUGCAUAAUAUGACCCCUUUAAAAGGAAAACAAGGACACUGAAAGAAAUUAUUAUAGCACAACAGUAGCUUUUACUUUCAUACUCUUGCUAUUCAUUUAAUCAAAUUAUAUAUGUCAGAAAAACUGACACUUAAGUUCACUUUAAUUGGUUUCUAUCCAUAAUUUUAUUUUUUUAAGAAAUAUGUGCGACUGUGAAAACAUGUCAGAUUCUGAAGAAACAAACCUGCAUGAUCAAAGGCCUUAUUACAAUUU